AUGAGUAAAACGCAGAAUUCCAGAUCAGAAGACGCCCAUGAGGCAUCAAAAAGACAUCGUUGUUGUCAAUUUAAAACAGACAAAGAAUGGCUCAAUCUUAGGUUCAAUACACAAGAAUUGACUUUGAAACCUGAUGAACUCACUAACGAGUUGACUUUUCCUGUUGGGAAGAUUGAUAAUGAUAAGCUGGAUCGUAUUCAUGGUUCAAUGAUCGGAAUGGCAUUGGGCGAUGCUGUGGGUGCCCAUGUCGAGUUCCGAUCUCGACAUUACAUGGUUGCACAUCCUGUAGAAGGACUUGAAGGAGGUGGCACAUGGGGACUAAACAAAGGACAGUUCACUGAUGAUACGUCCAUGGCUCUUUGUCUUGCAAAUUCAUUGAUAGCUCGUCAGUACUAUGAACCUUAUGACCAACUAGUUCGUUACAAAUGGUGGUAUAGACAUGGAUACAUGUCUUCUACGGGACAGUGUUUCGAUAUUGGUUCUGCCACUAGGCAAUCGCUACUGGAAUUUGAGCGCCGUCAAAAAAUUUUCGCCGCUGAACAUAAAAUUCCUAUUGGUGAGUUGGAUUUUCUUUCAGAUCCUGAGCUUUUGGAAAAAUUCGACGUGAACUGCAGCUCGGAAGGUGUAGCUGGUAAUGGAGCUUUAAUGCGACUGACGCCUGUACCACUGUUCUUUUAUGAAUAUCCAGUUGAAGCUGUCGAAUAUUCAGGACGUAGUGGAUUAAUUACUCACGGGGAUACAAAAGCCUAUGAUGCUUGUCGUUACUAUGGCGCAUUAAUCGUGGCCGCUGUCAAUGGCGUAAAAAAAGAGGAGCUACUUAACAACAACUUCUAUACUACACACAAGAAAUGGUUUGGUGGUACCGCACUUCACCCAGACAUCCAAAAUAUCGCUGAUGGCUCUUACAAGAAAGAUGGAUACGACAAAGGUAUUCGAGGGAAAGGAUACAUUGUGAAUGCUCUCGAAGCUGCCCUAUGGGCCUUUUGGUCUGACAAGGGUUCUUUUCAUGACGGUGUUCUUGCAGCUGUGAAUCUUGGCGAUGAUACUGACACAACUGCAGCCAUCUAUGGACAGCUAGCUGGUGCUUGCUAUGGUUAUAAAGAGCUACCUAAAGAAUGGACAGCACAAAUAUAUGCCAAAGAAUUUAUUCAAUGUUUGAGCGAAUGGAUUGCCUAUGAAGGAGCAAUAUGGUCACCGGAAAAGGCCAACCCUUCAAAUAUAUCUAGUAUCACUGUUAGCAAAUCACUUGAACAAGAUGAUGAGAUAGGUGGUGAUAGAUCGCCCGCAGUAGAAAGAAAACAAAAAUUCUCAUCAACAACACAAAAAGAAACAGCAGAAAAAAUAUCAAAGUCUACCAAAAUGCAUGGACAAUUGCCUGCGAAUGAUGAUGAAUCUCGAGCAAGGAGUAGGACUAUUACCGAGGCGCCUGUAUUUUUGGAACCUGCUCCAGGUGAUAAACUUCUAUCAAAUCGUCCAAGAUCAGCGGGAAAGUACGAUUCCGCAUCUACACCUACAAGAGCUUAUAUCUCGAGCAAAGUCAAAUCUACGGAAGAUGUCGGCAAGUGGCUGCAGUCAUUGGAUAAGCAGUACAAGAAUUAUGUGAAAACAUUCAAAGUAAAGGACGUCGAUGGGUAUUGGCUUCUAAAUCACGUUGACGAUGGAGUACUUUUGGGAUAUGGAGUCAAAGACAAAGAACAUCGAAGAGAUAUCCUUAAUGGCAUUGAAAAAUUAAAACAGCAAUGUCCAGAACACUUUGUGGAGAAGACAGAUCGACAAACUUGA